AUGGAGUUAGAUGGGCAUCAUAGAAAUAAGAUGAAAAUGAAGAUUUUGAUGCUCCCAUGGCUUGCUCAUGGCCAUGUCUCACCUUUCUUAGAGCUCUCAAAACUGCUUGCUACUAAAAACUUUCACAUUUUCUUCUGUUCCACCUCUAUUAUCCUUCACUCCAUUCGAUCAAAACUCCCUCAAAAGUUACUAUCAUCUUCUAACAUACAGCUUGUCGAGUUGACCUUGCCAACAUCCGCCGACCUCCCCCGGUGGCGCCACACCACUGCCGGCCUCCCGUCGCAUCUCAUGUUCUCGCUGAAGCGAGCAUUUGACUCUGCUGCCUCCGCCUUUGACGGCAUCCUUCAAAACUUGAAACCGGACUUGGUCAUCUAUGAUUUCUUGCAACCUUGGGCUCCUGCUGUGGCUCUCUCUGCUAAUAUUCCAGCAGUCAUGUUUCAGUGCACAGGUGCUCUUAUGGCAGCCAUGGUAACGAACAUGUUAAAGUUUCCAAACUCGGAUUUUCUGUCGACGUUUCCUGAGAUUCAUCUCUCAGAGUUUGAGAUUAAACAACUGAAGAACUUGUUUAAAAGCUCAGUGAAUGACGCAAAAGAUAAACAAAGAAUUGAGGAAUGUUAUAAAAGAUCGUGUGGCAUUCUUCUUCUUAAAUCUUUGAGAGAAAUUGAAGCCAAGUAUAUUGAUUUCGUCUCCACUUCAUUGCAAAUCAAGGCAAUUCCCGUGGGUCCCUUAGUUGAAGAACAAGAAGAAGACAUCGUGGUAUUAGCAGAAAGUUUCGAAAAAUGGCUAAACAAAAAGGAGAAAAGAUCUUGCAUACUCGUGUCUUUCGGAAGCGAGUUUUACUUAUCCAAAGGAGAUAUGGAAGAGAUCGCUCAUGGCUUAGAGUUGAGCCACGUGAACUUCAUAUGGGUGGUGAGGUUUCCGGGGAGCGGCGAACAAGGAGAAAGAAAGAAGAAGAAGAACGUUGUAGAAGAAGAACUCCCAAAAGGGUUUUUAGAGAGAGUUGGAGAGAGAGGAAUGGUGGUAGAAGAGUGGGUCCCACAAGUUCAGAUCUUGAAGCAUCGGAGCACCGGCGGGUUCCUCAGCCACUGUGGGUGGAGCUCUGUCUUAGAGAGCAUCAAGUCUGGCGUUCCAAUCAUCGCUGCCCCAAUGCAACUCGAUCAACCGUUGAAUGCCAGGCUAGUAGAGCACCUCGGCGUUGGUGUCGUAGUGGAGAGAAGUGAUGGCGGCAGGCUAUGUCGGAGAGAGGUGGCAAGAGCUGUGAGGGAGGUGGUGGCGGAGGAAAGUGGGAAGAGAGUGAGGGAGAAGGUGAAGGAGGUUGCAAAGAUUAUGAAGGAGAAAGGUGAUGAAGGUGAGAUGGAGGUUGUUGUGGAAGAGAUAACGAAGCUAUGUAGAAGGAAAAGGAAAGGUUUACAAAGCAAUUGGUGUAGAACUUCCAUGGAUUCACAUUGCUGUGAAGUCAUGGAAGAUUGAUGAUCAUAAUGGUGCAACACCCAAUAAAGAGAGCCUCCUCGCAAAUAAGUUAAAAGUAGAAGAAAUAUCAUGUAAAAUUUUCAUAGUAAUUAUACACAAAAACAAUAAGUUCAGAAA